AUGCUGAGUUCAGAGACAUCUAAUAGUAAGUUGCAUACUGAAUUGGCCAAGCUUCAAGUGUCACUGAAGAAUCUUCAACUGCAGGAGGAGUUGCUGCGACGAGAUAACAGUGAAUUGCAAAAACAAUUGGAAAUAUGCGAAAAUCAGAAGUUAGCAGUAAAGUCGGAUUUGGAUACGAUGCAGUCAGUGCACAGCGCGUUAUUGACUGAUCAUGACCGACUGCAAACACUGCACGAUAUGCUGACUUCAGACUACGACCGUGCCAAAUACGACAACUCACAACUCAAACUGAGACUCAAAAAUCAUAAGAGUACCACCGAGGAAGUGACCAUGCUGAGAUGCGAGAAUGAUCGUGAGAAACGACAUGGCGAAGAACUGAAGGCGGUGAUUGCUGAUGAGAAGGAUCGUUUCGAGAUCGCAACUCGCACACUUCAGAACGAU